AUGGCUGGACAGCAGCCGGUGUUCGUGGUGAACGCAGGCCCUGAGCGCCAAUCAGGCCGCAAGGCACAGAUUUCCAACAUCAGUGCGGCUAAGACGGUGUCUGAUGUGAUCCGCACCUGUCUCGGCCCCAAGGCCAUGCUCAAGAUGAUCCUCGACCCGAUGGGCGGUAUUCUUCUGACGAAUGACGGCCACGCGAUUCUGCGCGAGAUCGAGGUGGCGCACCCGGCGGCGAAGAGCAUGAUCGAGCUGAGCCGCACGCAGGACGAAGAGGUCGGCGACGGCACGACAAGCGUGAUUAUCCUCGCCGGCGAAGUGCUCGCGCACUCGCUGCCGCUCUUGGAACGCGGCAUGCACCCGGUCGUGAUUAUCUCGGCGUACAAGAAGGCGCUCGCGCGUGCGCUGCAGAUCGUCGAGUCGAUCUCGGUGCCGGUCAAGGUCGAGAGCGACGACGAGAUGCUGGCGCUGAUCAAGACCUCGAUCGGCACCAAGUUCGUGCAGCGCUGGUCGGACCUCAUGUGCCGCCUCGCGCUCAAGGCGGUGCGCACCGUCGCGAGCUUUGAUACGAGUGCGCCGCGCGCGAACGACGGCACGGCGGCGACCGUCGACCUGAAGCGCUACGCUCGCGUCGAAAAGGUGCCGGGUGGCGAGAUUGAGGAGAGCCGCGUGCUCGACGGCGUGAUGCUCAACAAGGACGUGACGCACCCCAAGAUGCGCCGCAGGAUCGAGAACCCGCGCAUCAUCCUCCUCGACUGCCCGCUCGAGUACAAAAAGGGCGAGUCGCAGACCAACAUUGAAAUCACCCGUGAAGAGGACUGGAGCAGGAUUCUCGAGAUCGAGGAGGAGCAGAUCAAGCAGCUCUGCGACCGCAUCCUCGAGUUCAAGCCGGACCUUGUCUUUACGGAGAAGGGCGUCUCGGACCUUGCGCAGCACUUCCUCCUCAAGGCGAAUGUGACGUGCAUCCGCCGCGUGCGCAAGUCGGACAACAACCGCAUUGCGCGCGCGACCGGCGCGCAGGUCGUGAACCGCGUCGAGGACCUCCGUGAGGGCGACGUCGGCACGCGCUGCGGCCUCUUUCACAUUGAAAAGAUGGGCGACGAAUACUUUACCUUCCUGGAAAAGUGCAAGGACCCCAAGGCGUGCACCAUCCUGCUGCGUGGCCCGUCGAAGGAUAUCCUGAACGAGAUCGACCGCAACCUGGCCGACGCCAUGUCGGUCGCGCGCAACAUCAUCUUCCACCCGAUGCUGGCGCCCGGCGGUGGUGCGACGGAGAUGGCGAUCUCCGUCGGCCUCGCACAGUACGCCGGCCAGAACCUCGAGGGCGUCGAGGUUGGUGCGGUGGACGCGGUGGCCGAGGCGAUGGAGGCCAUCCCGCGCACGCUUAUCCAAAACUGCGGCGGGAACGCCAUCAAGACCCUUACACAGCUCCGUGCGCGGCACGCAAACGGCGAGCAUUCGUACGGCGUCGACGGUAACUCGGGCAAGGUGGUCGAGAUGAAGCAGUACGGCCUCUACGAAAGCGCUAGCGUCAAGAUCCAGACGCUCAAGACUGCCAUCGAGUCCGCCUCGCUGCUCCUCCGUGUGGACGACGUGGUGUCGGCCAAGCGCGCUGGCCAGCCGGGCGGCGCGCCGCAGGCCCAGAACAUGGCCAUGGCGGGCGAAGAAGCGAUGGGCAUGGGCGCGGCCUAA